AUGGAAACAGGGAUCUCCAACCAGUCAUUGAUUCUCUCCUACACUGAGUUUACUCUCUUGGGUUUCCCUGGGAUAUCUCGAUGGAGGCCCCUCCUGGCAAUCCCAUUCUUUUCUAUGUACUUAGUUAUCCUCAGUGGAAAUUCUCUCAUCAUCUGCCUCAUCUGCAUUCAGAAGUCACUCCAUGCCCCCAUGUAUUUGCUCAUCUCUGUGCUCUUUGCCAUUAACAUCACCAGCAUUAACACCACAUUGCCCAAAUUCCUCCUAGACUUGUUAUUUCGUCUCAACCAAAUUUCUCUCAAUGGGUGUCUUCUGCAGAUGUUUUUUAUUUACUUCUUGAUGGCCUGUGAGUCUGCUGUGCCCGUAUUAAUGUCCUUAGACAGAUAUGUAGCAAUCUGUAGGCCACUGCGUUAUCAUAACAUCAUGACAAAGAGGUUACUGGCCUGGCUCACAGUCAUUGUAAUAGUUCGGAACUGCGUCCUUAUUUGUUCUUUGGUCCUAUUAACCUCUAUGAUCCAGUUCUGCAAGUCAAACAUCAUCCUUAAUUUUACAUGUGAAAACAUGGCACUUCUCAGUCUUGCAUGUGGAGACACCUCCAAACCACAGAAUGCUGGGGUCAUUGCACGCAUCAUUGUCACUGUGAUUGAUGGUAGUCUACUCUUGCUUUCUUACUCAACCAUAAUCUAUACAGCCAUGAAAACUGCUACUGGGAAAUCCAGACACAAAGCUCUUAACACCUGUGGGACACACUUGCUGGUGGCAUUGGUGGUCUAUUUGUGUGGAAUUCCCUCUUCCAUCGAGUGGAAGAUGGAAACAACCCUGCUAACAGACCUUAAGAAUCUAUUCACUGCAUUAUACCUAGUUAUUCCAGCGGCCAUAGACCCCUUGAUAUAUGGUCUGAGGGUGACAGAUAUCAGAAAGAACCUAGUAAAAUUCUGGAGGAAAAAAAAGAUCAAGUUGUUUUCAUCAUAA